CGGUGUAUCUGGAUACAAAGUCAGCUUGAGCUGACAGUCCGAUCCAUGGACACGGAAUACACGGGCUGUGUUUGACAGAAAGAGAAAUACAACCCGGAGACAUUUGGAUCAAACUGGACAGUGCGGAAGAGGCAAGUCACCGGAUUUCGGUCCAGGAAUGAAAACUAAAGCGUCGUAAUGUCACGCCCGAGGCUGCUGUAGUGAUGAUGGACUGCAAAGGCAACCAAGCAACCACAAACAGGGAGAUAUAUAUGGAUCAUAAAACAGGCUUCUAACCCGAGGACUGUGGAUUACAAAUAAAACAACAGGAGGACAAGAGGUUGUUUGUUGUUGUUGUUGGUUUUGUUGUUGUUGUUGUUAUUAUUAUUAUUAUUAUUAUUAUUAUUAUUAUUAUUAUUAUUAUUAUAAGAUGGUGGAAGGAUGCGUCGGAUUGCAGCAUCAGGUCAGAUUUCAUCAUCCUCGACCUAUUACAAGGAAUCAGAAGCGCAAUAAUAUCUCAUUCGAGCGAUAAUAAUAGCACCUGAGCGCCGUUAAAGCCCUAUACAAGAGGCUGCCUCUGUACAGCAGGGAUAUUCCUCUUGAAAUGACUGCAUGGUGACAAUACGGCCAGCCAUGCUACGGCGAAAAAAGAGGACACGGUCUAUGCAGGCAUCUAUGCAAGAUAAAUAAGGUGGAGUUGUGUGUGUCUAGGGUUGGAUGAGGCUUCCCUGGCUUGAAUAAGGAUGGACCUGCAGCCUAUUUACAGAAAUUGCACAGGUACCUGAAUGCUGUGGACCUGUGGACUCUAUAACACUAGCUGUUUACCCAAACCACUUUAAGACUUUAAAAUGGUUUCCACCAUGAUGCAGAAUGGAAAUAUGCAGAUGGAAAGGAAAAGUGUCUGAGUUGAGACAUUCAUAGCAAGAUUAAAAUCCAAUCGCAUACCUGUGUUGCUUGUGAUGGGUAUGUAUGAACAAAAUGAAUGAGUGCGAGGAAAGCGUGUCAUUUCAUGUCACAUCCACCUUACAGAUCUUUACGAUUAAUAGGAAAGAAGAUAUGUGAGAGAUGCAGCCCGUGAUAUUGCUCCAGCGGAGAAAACUAUGGAAAUCUUUUUCAUGCAUCCUUGGAGCUGAAUGAAGCACCGAAAGUGCUGGAUAAUCGCUUAGUAUUUGUCAGAUCCAAAACACUCAAAACACAGGACUGCGAAUUUAAUAGUAGAAAAUCAAGCCACAGCUUUUUUUCAGACACCUGUUUGAAAGUGCCUUUAUAGAUGCUACUACAGAGAGGCUAUUUAAAUUUUGCUGAAAAUAGCUUUCCAGCACAUAAAAGUAGUGCUUUGUCACUUCAGCUGAUUUAACCCUUCCCUCCAGUUAAAAAAGGCCUGCAUUUGGUUGAUGUGUUCUGCAUGGAUUUUGUGCAUGAGUUAACCGAGGUUCUCCUCCAGCUGUUGAAACCGCACCGCUGACUCAGUUCAUUUGGAGAUGGACCCAAAUUCGACACUAAGCAGUAUGGGUAGUGGUGGAAAUGCCACCCCAUUACCGUGCACUGGGUGUGGAGGUUCCUGCGGAGCACCACCCCCAUCCAUUGUGCUAUCUAGCAUGAAUCAGACUGCCUGCCUCACUCAUGCAGAAAACGGCAGCAGCUGGAACUCCUCCACCUUGUCUUCGCUGGUCAGCUCCCCUGAUUCUCACAUCCACCAGCAUCACGGAGCCUCCAAUCCAUACUGGACGGCCGUGUUUGACUAUGAAGCGGCGACGGAAGAGGAGUUGACCCUAAGGCGUGGGGAUCUCCUGGAGGUGCUUUCUAAGGAUUCAAAGGUGUCUGGAGAUGAGGGCUGGUGGACUGGUAAGAUCCAAGACAAGGUGGGCAUAUUUCCUAGCAACUAUGUGACGCGGAGUGACACCACGCUGCCCACUGGAAACUUACUGGUGGGUGGUGAAAGUCCUGUGGAAAUUGACUUCUCGGAGCUGUGUUUGGAAGAGGUUAUAGGAGCAGGAGGCUUUGGGAAAGUGUAUAAAGGCGUAUGGAGGGAUGAGGAGGUGGCUGUGAAAGCGGCACGCCAGGACCCCGAUGAGGACAUCAGCGCUACGGCGGAGAGUGUCAGGCAGGAGGCACGGCUCUUCUGGAUGCUCAGGCACCCCAACAUCAUCGCACUGAAGGGCGUCUGCUUAAAAGAGCCUAACCUUUGCCUUGUAAUGGAAUACGCUCGUGGUGGGGCACUAAACCGGGCACUGGCAGGGAAGAAGGUUCCUCCUCGUGUCCUGGUUAACUGGGCAGUGCAGAUCGCUACUGGCAUGGACUACCUGCACAACCAGACUUUUGUGCCUGUCAUCCACAGGGAUUUGAAGUCCAGUAACAUUCUGAUUCUGGAGCCAGUGGAGAGGGAUGACCUGAGUGGUAAGACACUAAAGAUCACAGACUUUGGGCUGGCACGGGAGUGGCAUCGCACCACAAAGAUGAGUGCAGCGGGCACCUACGCCUGGAUGGCUCCAGAAGUGAUUAAGCUGUCGCUCUUCUCUAAAAGUAGCGAUGUGUGGAGUUUUGGUGUACUGCUGUGGGAGUUGCUGACUGGUGAGGUGCCAUAUCGGGAGAUUGACGCCUUGGCUGUGGCUUAUGGGGUUGCCAUGAACAAACUGACCCUCCCUAUCCCCUCCACCUGCCCUGAAGCCUUUGCUCAACUGUUAGGAGAGUGCUGGAACCCGAACCCUCACAGUCGCCCCUGCUUUAGCAGUAUCCUGAAAAGGUUGCUGGCCAUCGAGCAGUCCUCCAUGUUCCAGAUGCCGCUGGAGUCUUUCCAUUCACUGCAGGAGGACUGGAGGCUGGAGAUCCAGCAGAUGUUUGAUGAGCUGAGGGCCAAAGAGAAGGAGCUGCGUUCUUGGGAAGAGGCGCUGGCUCGGGCUGCGGAGGAACAGAGGACGCAGGAAGAGCUGUUGAAGAGACGUGAGCAAGAAUUAGCCGAGCGGGAGAUCGACAUCGUGGAGAGAGAGCUGAACAUCAUAAUCCACCAGAUGUACCAGGAGAAACCACACGUCAAAAAGCGCAAGGGACACUUCAAGAAGAGCCGGCUUCUCAAACUGGGCCGAGACAGCAACUGUAUCAGCCUGCCCUCUGAUUUUGAGCAUAAGAUCACAGUGCAGGCUUCUCCCGGUGUGGAUAAGAGGAAAAGUCAGGGCAGUGACAGCACCACUCCACCGGCCAGUCCGGGUGUUAUACCUCGCCUCAGAGCCAUUCGAUUGACCCCGAGUGACGGAAGGAACACUUGGGGCCGUACAGCGGUGUGUAAGAAAGAAGACCUGGCAGGGACUAAAAAGAAGGGCCGUACCUGGGGUCCUAGCUCCACCCACCAGCGAGAGAGGGUCGGAGGAGAAGAGAGGUUAAAGUCACUUGGAGAGGGUAAGGUGUGGUCCUCCAGCGCGCCUAAUCUGGGAAAAUCCCCCAAACAUGUUCCUAUAACUGGUGGCUUCUCCAGUCUCAAUGAGAUGGAGGAACAGUGUGAGCUCGAGGAGCGAAUGGCUCCGGAGGGAAGUAGCAACGGUGCGACGGAGGAUGCCAGCCACGCAUGGACGGGUGUAGGGCCUGGAGUGGGUUCCCAGGAUUCUUUGCGGCGCUGCAAUCAGAGGAAGAAGAGUGACAUGGUACUGCUAGGCUGUGCCUCCAUCUUGGCUGCCGUGGGUUUUGGCUCGGAUCUGCUCCAGCUGGGGAAACUGCAGGUAAGUCAGGAUGAACAGGAUUCACGUGAGGAGAAAAAAAAGAAGGAAGGUCUGUUUCAGCGCACCGGCCGAUUCCGGCGUAGCACCUCACCCCCAAGCCGUACACUGUCCCUGUCUCUGUCUCACAACCGCCAUCACCAUGAGUCUGCACUACCCUGCCUGGACCCCUCUCCUUCUGUCACACUCCUGUCCCUCUCCUCUCUUUCUGACUGCAACUCCACCAAAUCCCUGCUGCCCUCAGACCCGGACGAUCUGAUCCCAAGUCCGAGCAGCACCAUGCCCUGUCCAGCACCCGCUCUAAACCCCCUGCUGGACCUGCGAGCAGAGAGUUUCAAACGAGAGCCCAACCAGUCGCUCACACCCACCCACGUCUCCGCCGCCAUGGCUGUGAACCGCGGGCACCGGCGUACGCCGUCUGACGGUGCCAUCAGACCUCGUGCACAGACAGUGACAGGGCACCAACGCACACCCUCGGACGGCUGCAUGCCAAUUCCUCCCAUUACGCCCACUAACACAGCACACACAGGUUCUCGUGACACUCUAGACAUCCCUCGUCUCCCGGACCCGUCCACAAUCUACCCCGCAGCGCAUCGACGUAAAGCUCCUCCUCUUUCUUCAGAAUUUCAGUCCGGAACCCUCGAGCGGCCUAAGACAUUAGAGUUUGCCCCGCGUCCUCGUCCCACCCCCGCCCGAGCGCGUCCAGACCCGUGGAAGCUGUCGUCAUUGUCGCGGACGCUCAGCUCAUCACCAGGGAGCAGCUGUGACAGUCCACUAGGCUCUGGAGACAGCGGGGUCAGUGCAGGAGCCACCGCUGGCCGCCAAACUCUCCUGGACAUGGACAUGGAGGGCCAGAGCCAGGACAGCACGGUGCCUCUAUGUGGGGAGCACUCCCAAGCCACACUGUGUGGGCAGCAUUUCUCAUAAAAUCCCAGGAAACCUCUGUUAUAACCAGGGCAUCUGGCCUCAUUUUCAUGGCCAGCAUAUUCCCUAGAGCUAGGAAUCUCCUAGCUCUGUCCUGCAUAUCUCAUGGAGGCCAUCGUGGAUGGUGUCUCUAUUAGACCGAAUAUCCCAGAAACCACGACGAUCCCUCACAGUGUGAGAGUGUGAGAUAAGUACUCAGCAGCAAAAAAACAACAAAAUCACCUGGAGCGCUGUGGAUUAUUUUUCAUAGCCACUGCAGUGAAGCGCAGUCUCCAAGCUGCGGCACUUUUAUGAGCUCCAUAAAAGUAAAGGUCAAAUCCAACUGCUUGCAUCAUUCCCCCUAUAGAUUGUUCAAUAAAACUCUCUCUUUUUUUAAAUAACCAGGUAAUAUAUAUGUGAUGAAUUGCAUUAGCAAAGCCAUUCCUUUGAUACGGUAUUUUCUGGACAAUAGGUUGCCCAUCAUAAAAAGUAUAAAAAAUAUAUAAAUAUAUAUGUAUUCAGUUUUGCUAUUAAUUAUUCACAAGAAUUAUUCUAUUAUUUAUUAUAAAUCAAAAAAUAAAAAUAAAUAAAUAACCGUAGUCCUUCUAAAAAAAAACAAUAUGAUUACAGCCUGCUUUAGCUUUUGUCCCUUUAAAGUUACUGAAAGGCCAGGGCUGUAUUAAGGUUUUUUUAUUAUUAUUUUAAUUUUUUAUUUAUUUUUUUAAAUCUUUGCUACACUCCUGAUUCCUCUGUCUGGGCUGCUGGAGUCAUUAUAUAGCAAUUACAUGCUUGAAUCCUUGUAGAAUAUCUCCGUCAUGCGACAUUCAAAAUACCGCAUCACGCAGGAAUGAUGUAUUACAUUUAAUCCAGUAACUAUGGAGGCUGAUUUUAUUUUUUCUCAGCCUUUUUGGGGGAAAAAACGCAGAAAAAAAAUUCUACCUUUUCUUACAGGAGCUCUAAAGGCUGGGUAAAGCUAAUAAUUUAUUACACUAAAUUUACUUUUUAUUUCCUAAUUUCUUUAUUUUGUUGCUUAUGUAAAAAAAAAUUGUCCAUUAUUUAUUAAAUAUUUUCUCUCCUUUUUUUUUCUUUUUUUUUUUUCAUAUUUUAUGAAUUCAGUUGCAUUUGAUAUCACUUUGGAUAUCAUGAUUCAAUGAAUCUAAAUCCUAUUUUGAAAAUAUGGUAAUAUUUGGUAAUUUGGUAAUAUUUCGCUCCCUAAUUGAAAGCUUUUAAGAUGUCAGUAUGGUUUUUUUUUCGCACAUUAAUUUGCAUAGAAAUAGAUUUUCCCAUGCUUAUUUUUACAGUUACAAAUUGACCAAUACAUGUUUAGGGGCGGAGUCUUGUGAAUGGUUUUAGUGGCUGAAAUCUGCCAUAAGAACAUGUUUAACAUGUAUAACACUCAAAUAUUUGGAUUUUUAAAUUAUGCCAAUUACAAUACACCAUAGCUGGCUGUGUUAUAACUAGAUUCUAAAAUAAUAAUAAUAAUAAUAAUAAUAAUAAUAGGAGAACAAUGUGGGGCUUAUAGUCCAGAAAAUUCAGUCUAAGCAUAUGUUUUAUUCUUCUGUUUUUGAGGAGAAGACUGACCAUCUCAGGCUCUCUGCAGAUCCUAAUCAGAAAGCAGGAGCUGUUUUAAUGUGAAGGCCUUGUUUAUCAGCAAAUCCUGAUGUAUAGUACAUAUUGCCUGUAUGUGUGUAAGUAUGUAAGCAAGAGUGUGUGCAUGUGUCUUUCCAUGAGGACGUGUCAUAGAACUGGUCUCAUCAGCUGAUUCCGGUUGAAAUGCGCUCUCACUUCCACUUUCCUCAGUAAACAGGACCAUUGUGAGCAUGAAGGAAUAAAGGAAAGGACUUUUAUGGUCAAAUGAGGGUCUCCGUCCAAUUGCAAUAAAAAAAACAACAAAAACGAACCGUACCGUACCGUACUACCUGUAUUCAAACAUUCACGCUUGUUUACCUCUCCAGUCAAGACUAUGGAAGAUCUUCCCUCGCCCGCACACUGAUCCGAGAUAAAGGAACUGUGACAUGCUGUGUGUGGUGUUUUUCUUUAUUUUCAUGCUCUAUGAGAGAAGGAUACGUGAUGACAUCAUUCCAUUCAGAACAAGGAGCCCUUAACCUUGUGUUUAUGACGUUGAAUUGUAUGAAGCCAGAACACACUUUUACGCACGAAGGUUCAACCUGGUAAUCGACAGUAUUUUUUCCACUGUCUGCCGGCGAGGGUGUGUGUGUGCGUGUGUGUGCGUGUGUGCGGGCGUGCAUGCGUGCGUGCGUGCGUGUGUGUGUGCGUGUGUGUGUUUGCGUGUUCUUAUUGUUAUCAUUUGUAUGGGGUGACUCUGUGGAGGGAUGAGCCACAAAGCCGUCCCCUAUUUCCUGUGUGAAAAGAACGAAGAGUAUUUAUUAAAAUUAUUGUUAUGAUUGAAGGAGUGAUGGAUUAUUACUAUUAUUCGUUAUCAGUUCUUUUUUAUUCGUUAAGUGGUUUCAAACAAACAAAGCCAAAUCAGUAAACAUCCCAUAAGGGUUAAAUACACAAAGCAGACACGUUAUUUUAAUUAGAAAUAGCUGAUCAGGAUUUUAGAUGAGAGCAUAUCAAGUGCAUUGUUCUGCAUUUGAUCGUUAGCUGUAGGAGAUUUAGACUAGGUUUGGAUUAAGAGCAUUUGACCUGGAGUGUUAAAAAUGAGAC